AUGGUGAGCCCGACAACUUCCGAAGUGCCUCCAACCAUGGGGGUCAAGAUCUUCUCAGCCGGCGUGGCCGCCUGUCUGGCAGAUAUCAUCACCUUCCCGCUGGACACAGCCAAAGUUCGGCUUCAGAUCCAAGGUGAAGGGCAGAAGUCCAGUCCCAUUAGGUAUAAAGGUGUCCUGGGGACCAUCACCACCCUGGCAAAAACAGAAGGGUUGCCGAAACUGUACAGCGGUCUGCCUGCUGGCAUUCAAAGGCAAAUCAGCUUUGCCUCACUCAGGAUUGGCCUCUACGAUACUGUCCAAGAGUACUUCUCUUCAGGGAGAGAAACGCCUCCCACUUUGGGGAACAGGAUCUCAGCUGGCUUGAUGACUGGAGGUGUGGCAGUAUUCAUCGGGCAACCCACAGAGGUCGUGAAAGUCAGACUCCAAGCACAGAGCCACCUACACGGGAUCAAACCCCGCUACACUGGGACCUACAAUGCUUACAGAAUUAUAGCUACAACAGAAAGCUUCUCAACACUCUGGAAAGGGACAACCCCUAAUCUGAUCAGGAAUAUCAUCAUCAAUUGUACAGAGCUGGUAACAUAUGACCUCAUGAAGGGGGCCCUUGUGAACAACCAAAUACUGGCAGAUGAUGUCCCAUGCCACUUGCUAUCAGCUCUUGUCGCCGGGUUUUGCACCACACUCCUGGCCUCUCCGGCAGAUGUGGUGAAAACAAGAUUCAUCAACUCCCUACCAGGACAGUACCCAAGUGUGCCCAGCUGUGCAAUGGCCAUGUUCACCAACGAGGGACCAACAGCUUUCUUCAAAGGGUUUGUCCCUUCUUUCCUGCGACUCGCAUCCUGGAAUGUCAUCAUGUUCGUGUGCUUUGAACAGCUGAAAAAAGAAUUGAUGAGGUCAAGGCAGACAGUGGACUGCACCACAUAA